AGGCGCGGCGUCGGCGUCUGGCGCAGAAUGGCGCCUGUGGGCCUGCGGAGUGAUUGACAGGGAGCGAGGCUCCUCCCCUUGCCCGUGUGCGGCGGGCGCGAGGACCCAGCGGAGCCCUGCCCGGGGAGGCUGGUGGUGCGUCUGUCUGUCUGUCUGUUUGGCGGCGGCGGCGGCGGCGGCGGAGGAGCCCCUUCUGUUCUGAGGGAGGGGCAACAAAGGAGCAUGGCGGAGGGGGCCCCCCAGGCCCAGAGAAAGAGACUUGCGUGGAUUCCGGAUCUUAAAAAACGCACCGGCGGCGUUUGCCUUGUUUCUUUCAUUCUUUCUUGCGGAGCCUUUCAUAGAAAUUAGUCCCAUCAUCUUCUACCGGGCCAGAACUUGAUGUGGAGUCUGACCAACGGUUGCCUUCAUGCCUCCCCACCGAUCCUGACCAAACAGCUGAGAUCUCACUCACCUUAGUAGCCUCCUUCCAGGCGAUGGAGAAGAAGGUGGAUUCUCACGCAACGCGGCUGCUGGACUUGGAAGGCAGGGCAGGGACCGCUGAGAAGAGGAUCAUAGACUGUGAGAAAACUGCUGUGGAAAUUGGGAACCAACUGGAGAGCAAGUGGGCUGCUUUGGGGACUUUGAUCCAGGAGUAUGGGCUGCUUCAGAGGCGACUGGAGAACAUGGAGAACUUACUCAAGAACCGGAAUUUCUGGAUCCUCCGGCUCCCCCCAGGCUCCAAAGGGGAGACUCCCAAGGUACCAGUGACGUUUGAUGACGUGUCCGUCUAUUUCAAUGACAAGGAGUGGGAGAAGCUGGAGGAAUGGCAGAAGGAGCUCUACAAAAACUUAAUGAAGGGAAACCACGAGUCGUUGAUCUCUCUGGACUAUGCAAUUUCUAAACCAGGCGUUUUGGCCCAGACGGAGCCAGGUGCCGAUUCAUGUCUUGGAGAUGAGCAGGACUCGGAAGAGCAGGGGAGCCUUCCUGAUCCCACUGCAGCAGGACUCAGGGUGGUGAUCAAAACGGAGGAGCCCCAUUCAGACGACUGUCCAGAAGAUCUGGAGCAGCACCAGAUGUCUGGGAGCUCUGAAGGGGAUUUCCAAGGCCUGGACCAAGAGGCCCCCUGUGGAAGUCCAUACAGUGCAGCAACACCUCUGGGAAACUUUGCCGGAAACAACUUAGAAGAAGGCAGCGAGUAUGACGUGGGAUUCGGGGAAAUCAAGAGGGUCACUGUCCAACAUGGCAGCUGUGCAGAAGAUGGCAUCGUGAUCAAAAUGGAGGAGGAAGAGGAGGAGGAAGAAGAAGAAGAAGAGGAAGAAGAGGAGGAGGAGCAGGAAGACCCUGUCAGCUUAGAGCCACGGGGGCUGUUCUCUUCAAGGGCUGAACCCCCAUGCUCUUUGAAUUGCAAUGUGGACGUCCUACGGGAAGACCAGCGUGUCACCAAGCCCACCAGGGUCACCAGGGCCACAGUGGGGAUCUGUGCCCCAUUGUGUGAGAGAGACAAUAGUGUUGAGGCGCGACCUGUCACUUUCCAGCAGAGAAACCGGACGCGCGAGAGGCCGUACAUCUGUCCAGAGUGCGGCAAGAGUUUCAUGCUGCGUAUCAACUACAUCAUCCACCAGCGGAACCACCUCAAGGAAGGGCCCUAUGAAUGCCACACUUGUGACCUCAGCUUCCGCAUCAAACAACAGUUCCUACUGCACCAGCGGCUCCACACUGCGCGGCGGGGGGUGGCCCCUUCGUCUCGCCGUGGGCAAACCUACCCAGACAAACGCAGCCUCAAGCCACAGCCCCGGCCCCCACCGGCCCCAGGGAAGCCCUACAAAUGCAACGAGUGCGAGAGCAGCUUCAGCCACAAGUCGAGCCUGAGCAAGCACCAGAUCACACAUGUGGGUGAGCGGCCGUACUCGUGCAGCGAGUGCCGGAAAAGUUUCCGGCUGCAAAUCUCACUGGCGAUGCACCAGCGGGUGCAUGCUGGCAAAAGUGAGCUUUCCUUCAUCUGCCCGCAGUGCGGCAAGGCCUUCAGCCGUCCGUCACAUCUCCUGCGGCACCAGCGGACUCACACUGGUGAGCGGCCCUACAAGUGCACCCAGUGCGAGAAGACCUUCAGCGAGAAGUCCAAGCUGACCAACCAUUACCGAGUCCACACCCGGGAGCGGCCUCAUGCAUGCAGCGAGUGCGGGAAGGGCUUCAUCCGGAAGCACCACCUCUUGGAGCAUCAACGCAUCCACACUGGAGAGCGGCCGUACCACUGUGCCGAGUGCGGGAAGAAUUUCACGCAGAAGCACCACUUGCUGGAGCACCAGCGAGCGCACACUGGCGAGAGGCCCUAUCCCUGCACGGAAUGCGCCAAGUGCUUCCGCUACAAGCAGUCCCUUAAGUACCACUUGCGGACACAUAUGGGGGAAUGAGGCUUGCUCCCCCACCAUUGCUCUCACCCAUCAUCCAAUGCCCUGGCAACUGGGGGACAGAUGACUGAUUGACUGAUCAGGGGUGGGGUGAGGAAGGAAAUCCUUCACAUGUACCCCUCUGCCGCCCUCCUGCCCCCUUCAGCCCAGGAGUACAGACUUCUGGUCUCUUCCUUUAAGUAAAUAACGGGUUUCAGAAUCAAACUAACCGCACUUGUUGGCACCAUGACACUUGCCAGACCUGAACUCUUUGCCUUGCUUCUGCCUUCCUUCCCCAGUCUGUUCUUUUUGAUAAUAAAUGUGGAAUCUGAUUUUAUUUGGUAACCAAAUGGUUAAAGUUUU